AUGACUACUGAUAAUCAGAAAUCAAAAGCACGAACAAAUCGACGGAUACUAUUCCAAUAUCCGGCAUUAUCAAAUGUUGAAAUUGGUUUUUGUUAUUUUAUUGUUGGAUGUAGUAUGAUUUAUGCAUGGAGUCAAGUUAUAAUUGCUAGUAAUAAAUAUCAAUUCCAAUAUUGGCAUUCAAUACGAAUUAAUCGAUUACCAUUCAUUGGUGAACGAUAUAUG